GAACUCAUUCCUGGCUGUCAUCACACCUUUGCUGGCCAUGGCAGAAGACGGCGAACCUCACCGCUUCAAAAUCGUCACCGGGGCAGACUCCUUCGGCUGCUCUCUCAAAGAAGCCCUAGUCUCCCACCUCAAGUCCCUCAACAUUGAAGUCGAAGACGUCGGCACCGACUCCUACUACUCCGUCGCCGCCGAAAUCGGCCGCCGCGUCAGCUCCUCCCCCGAAGACACCCGUGGCCUCCUCGCCUGCGGCACAGGCGUUGGCGUCGCCAUGUUCGCCAACAAAUUCCCAGGCGUCUUCGCCGCUACCUGCCUCUCUACCGCCGACGCCCUCAAUGCCCGUUCCAUCAACAACUCCAACGUCCUGGCCGUCUCCGGCAUGUCCACCGCACCUGAAUCCGCUGUCGAAAUCCUCGACACUUGGCUCAAAACUCCCUUCAAAUCCCCCUGCCCCGCCUCCGAGUUCAAACCCUGGCCCAAAGAAAUCGAAUCCUUCCUCGAUAACUCAGUCUCCGAAAUGUCCAAAAUCGGAUCCGAAAACACUAAAACCUCGGAUUCGUGUUCGAUUUGUUGUCUGGUGAAGAACCGAGAACUGAAUCCGAUUGAUAUAAUUCCGGGAGGGUCGAUGAAGAUACUGAGGGAGAGCCCCACGUCGGCGGUGGUGAGAUUUGAGGCCGGGAGUGUGGAGCCGGCGCACCACCACACGUUUGGGCACGAUUUGGUGGUGAUGAAAGGGAAGAAGAGUGUAUGGAAUUUGACCAAGAAAGAGAGGUUUGACCUGAUUGUUGGGGACUACUUGUAUACGCCUGCAGGGGAUGUUCAUAGAGUGAAGUACUAUGAAGAUACAGAGUUCUUCAUCAAAUGGGAUGGGCAUUGGGAUAUGUUCUUUGAUGAAGAUCUUGCAACUGCAAAAGAAGCUGCUGAGAAGGAAUCAAAGGAGUGAAGUGUUCUAAGGAGGAGUCUGUCACAAGGAAGUAUGGCCACUUCGUAGAUCUCAAUUCCUGCAAAUGCUCCCCUGGGUUGUUGUUAGAAUCGAGUAUGCAUAAUAAACUGUCUUGUAUUUAAUUAUGAAGUGGUGUCUUGAUGGCUUGUAUUUGAAUUAUGAAGUGGUGUCCUGAUGUUCUCUCAUUGUUCAUACCGUACUAUUCUGUGCCUCUAUAAAUAAGCUGCUGGUUUUGAUUGUGAUAA